ACUGCCACCUGACUUUAAACCGUUGGAGAUUGGAUUAAGUAAAAUUAAUUGUAAGGACCAACCUGGAAGAUAAAAAAAAAUUAAAAGAAAAGUCUUUAACCCACCUGUUGAAGCGUCGUUGACACACACUGAUCAAAUUACCGGAAUGGAUCGAUUUUAUGAGUCGCCAAAGUGUGGCAACAGUCAAGCCUUAAGAAUGCCUCCAAUCGGCUUAUUUAAUUCAAUUACUGCCCUCAAUACAGCUCCGCAUCCACGAGAACCUCAAAGAGAAACAAACUUCUGAAUCACUUUCAGUUUAACUUUUGCCGGGAAAAGUCGCAAGAAAAUGGGUAAAGACGACGCUGAGGUUGCAGCUCUGCGUGAUGAACUCAAAGGAUUGUAUGAACAGUUAAAGGAAGAGCAGAAAAAAGUGGCUGAUUGUAGCCUAGUGGAUAAAUGUGGAGAUGUGGGUGGAGUUUCUAAGCUCCAUAUAACCACGAAGAAAUUCCUCAAAGGUCACAUUAAUAAAGUGAAUUCUGUGCACUUUGCUGGUGAUUCUCGUCACUGCGUAACCGGAUCUCUAGAUGGGAAGCUCAUAAUUUGGGACACUUGGACAGGCAAUAAAGUUCAGGUGAUCCCAUUGCGUUCAUCCUGGGUAAUGAGUGUGGCUUUCUCUACAUCUGGGAACUUUGUUGCUUGUGGAGGAAUGGAUAACAUGUGUACGGUUUACGAUCUCAAUAAUCGUGAUGCAACUGGUACGGCAAAGAUUGUAAGAGAACUUGCGGGAUACGAAGGUUUUCUGAGCUCUUGUCGUUUCCUGGAUGAUAGAAACAUCCUAACUGGCUCUGGAGAUAUGAAAAUAUGCGUCUGGGAAUUGGAAACAGGUAAGAAGACAGCGGAUUUUGAAGCUCACGCUGGAGACGUUGUGUCCAUCUCCUUGUCACCCGAUGGGAAGCAAUAUGUGACGGGAUCUGUGGAUAAAACGUGCAAAUUGUGGGAUGUACGAGAGCAGAGCCCCCGACAGACAUUCUAUGGGCACGAAGCUGAUGUGAAUAGUGUUUGCUUCCAUCCAGGUGGGCAGGCUUUUGCAACGGCAAGCGAGGACAAGACAGCACGUCUCUUUGAUAUUCGUUCAGAUCAGCAAGUGUGUCAGUAUGAGCCACCAAAUAAAUCCAGUGGAUUCACUUCUUGCGCUCUGUCUCUCAGUGGACGGUACAUCCUCUGUGGGAGUGAUGAUAACAACAUCCACUACUGGGAUACUCUCAAAGGAAACCAUCUUGGUUCUCUUCCCGGACAUGAGAAUCGCGUUACUUCUAUCUCAAUGUCACCCAAUGGCAUGGCUCUUGCUUCAUGCAGCUGGGAUAAUAAUGUUAGAAUCUGGGUUUGAGCAGAUUGUAAUUUUAUUUUAAUCGAUUCGUUAAAUAAAUAAAAAUCAUUUCUCAUCAAUUGAAAUAUUAAAAUCAGAAA